GCCAGUCAGUUGCUGUCAUUCCAUCGAGAGAUGAGCGCGAGCGCACCGGUAACUGUCGAAAGUUUUAAACGGUGCAGUCUUUAUUUAUUGCCAACACUUUGGGUUUGAGCGCUUUCGAAGUUGUGGUAAAUGUUACUACUGCAUAUUGUAUGUACUACGCUCCAUGUAGACAUCGACAUACAUACUUGUAAUAUGUACAUACGAGUAUACUAACUCUUAAGUUUGUCAAUAAAGUGGAAUUCUUAUUUGCGUAUGGCUUACAUCGCUAAAAUUUGAUUUGACUACAUGUCGGUGUGAUAUAUUUUAAUAAUUUUUGAAAUAGAAAAGUGAGUUUUAUCAAAAGAAAGCUAUCAACGUAUAUAUCUACGUAUGUAUCUACAUGCGUACGUACAAUUGAUUGUAUGCAUGACUUUAGUCUUUUCUGGUUGAUCGCAUAAAAACAGUUUGUGAAACUCAUGGCGAGAUAGCGGAGGAAAAAACGUGAAAACAGGUUAAAUGAAAAUUGGAUUAAAGUUUUAAUUACUGUCAAUUUAAACAAUAAAGUUGGAAGCAAAUAAAAUUAUAUAUAGUAUGUUUUAAAGUUAUUAAAAAACAGCAGUACAUAAAGCUCAGUGAAUGCUCACGAAUGCAACGGUGUAACAGGUAGUCGCAACCGCAACACCAAUAGCAGGGAUAGAGGAAGACGAAAAUUGGUAGCUGUACAACCUGCAAAGACAAUAGAAGAGCGAAAAAUUGGGACCGGAGUGAGUCAUGAAAGGACAAAACGAUAGCAAGUAAUAGCGAAUGUACACAGAGACGUAUAGAUGACAUAUGGGCGAAGAUAUACAAAAUUUUAGAUAUAUACAAGUACACUUGUGUCUAUGCAUAAAAUUUGUUAAAUUAAGGAAUAAGCGCAGAUUGGUAAUCAUUCCAACUAUAAAGAAAUACUCAAAGCUACAAAUGCAAAAGGACAUCGAAGGAAAAUACUUUCUGUGACCUUAUAUAUUAGCCCGAUAAAAAGCCAAAAGGCCAUUAAAAGUUGUACAAAGACCAAUGAUGCAGGUUCCAGAAAAUUUGGUAUCACUAUAUAUUGCAACUUGUGGACAAAAUGGUGCGGGGCUGGGAGCGGAUGAAAAGGAAAUAAUAUUGCUGGUAUAUGUUAUCUUGGAGGCUAAAAGUGGAAAGAUUAUUGGAACAAAGCAGCUGCUAGUGCGACCGGAUGGUAGUUUUACGAAGGAUCGCACUGUUUCUGGUUCGUCGGAAGCAUCUUUAGUUGCGGGAGCUUCAUCUCCUCCGCUUGCUUCACAGCAUGCCGAUGUAAUUAACAACAAUACCAGCAUUAGUAAUACCAACACAAUUGGGAAAAAUGCUUACAACAGCCCAAACACAACUCUACUAAUUACUAACAAUAGUACCGCGAUCACAAAUGGAUCAACAACGGCUGGCACCAAUUUGGCGGCAGUAUCCAUUACUGCAUCUUCUACUGCGACUGCUACUCCAACUCUUGAAGCAAUUGAAUUACCUAUAGCCGUAGCCCAUGCGACGGGAAAACCGCUUCAAGAAGCCAUCGACGAGUUUGAUGAAUAUUUACGCUCUCUAACACUAAAUGUCGAUGACGUCGAUAACAUCAAAAUUAUUACCGAUGGGCAGCUACCGUUGCGCCAAUGCCUGCAUCGAGAGGCAUGUGCCAAAGACAUCAGGCUUCCACAGUACUAUAACCGUUUCUGUGAUCUCCGCAAAGAAUUCCUGAGAUAUAAGUCCGGCGAUUUAUCACGCGCUCUGGUCCCCGUAAAAGACAUAAAGAAAAUACUCCAAAUACCGACUGUUCCAGCGCCACAAAGUAUCGGCGAAAUGAUGAAAGAAUUGAAUAUUUCCAGUAGCGAAGAGCAGGAGUUUUAUAUUAAAGAAUCUCGCGAUAUGGUCUCAGUGAUACAAGUUUUGCUCAAAAACGGUCAUAAUUUUACAACAAACGAAGUUGUUACUCUGGUUCUUGAACCAGGAAUUUGCUCAAUUGACGACGAAAUCGACGGAAAUUGUAUUGUUCGUGCUCGGGGCUUGCCUUGGCAAAGCAGCGAUCAGGAUAUUGCCAAAUUUUUUCGUGGUUUAAACGUUGCCAAGGGUGGAGUAGCCCUGUGCCUUUCCCCUCUCGGUCGACGCAACGGGGAAGCUCUUAUUCGUUUUGUAUCGCAAGAGCAUCGCGACAUGGCAUUAAAACGUCACAAACAUCACAUUGGCAGUCGAUACAUUGAAGUUUACCGGGCUACGGGCGAAGAUUUCUUGGCCAUUGCUGGCGGAGCUUCCAAUGAAGCACAGGCUUUCCUUUCUAAAGGCGCGCAGGUCAUAAUACGCAUGCGAGGCCUACCAUAUGAUUGUACAGCCAAACAAGUUUUGGACUUUUUUACCACCGGUAAGGAUCCCUGCAAUGUUCUUGACGGUAUUGAAGGUGUGUUAUUUGUAAAAAAACCAGAUGGCCGCGCUACCGGCGACGCCUUCGUGUUAUUUGCUAACGAGUCUGAUGCACCCAAAGCACUUUCACGACAUCGCGAAUCAAUUGGUCAGCGUUAUAUAGAAUUAUUCCGUUCCACAACAGCAGAAGUUCAGCAAGUGCUAAAUCGUUCAAUGGAUCCAAGAAACUAUGAAGCUAGCCAUCAGCCACCUCUGAUAGCCCAAUUGCCGGCAAUGCCAUUAUCGCUCUUGCCUCAGCAUUUGAUAACUUCAGGGACCACAAAAAACUGUAUACGAUUGCGUGGUCUACCGUACGAGGCACUUGUCGAGCAUAUUCUUCAUUUCUUGGAUGAUUUUGCAAAACAUAUUAUAUAUCAGGGUGUCCACAUGGUUAUUAAUGCUCAAGGCCAGCCGAGUGGCGAGGCUUUCAUUCAAAUGGACUCAGAGGAGUCAGCUCGCCUGUGUGCUUCACGCAAGCAUAAUCAGUUUAUGAUGUUUGGUAAAAAGUAUCGAUACAUCGAAGUGUUUCAGUGUUCCGGGGAUGACAUGAAUAUGGUCCUGAAUGGUGGCCUACAGUCGCCGAUCGCCGCAACACCUCAUUCCCAUCAUCCAGCUGCAGCUAAACAGACAUCGUUACUCUCACCGGAUCUUAUCUGUUUAGGAGCACCAGUACUGGGCAGUCCAUAUGGAAAUUUGUCGCCUUUCGGAGCACCAGCACCUUUACUGGCUUCAGCUCAUUCACACCGUUCUCCACAUCAUCCACAUAGCUCACUUCCACAUCAUCACCAGCACCCAGCUCCUCAAGCAGCGUUUUUCCCACCACCUCUUCUAUAUUGGUCUUAUCCUAGUCCUCCAGUGUCGCCAACCGCAUAUUAUGGUCAGCCGCCGACGCAUUCGGCUACGCAGUUGGCUGGAAACAUUACCGCUACACAACAUCAAGCCAUGUAUUCUUUGGAUUUUUUGCCAGCGGUGCAAACUUCAGCGCUUAACCCUCCGAGUGUGUCCAUUCCUUCGCCUAGUACUUAUUUACCAGCAAAACAAUUUUCAGCUCUGCCAGCACCAGUCGUUCCGCUUUCUACUGGAGCUACAGGCGGAAUAGGUGGCGGCAAUGGAAGUAGAACAAUUGUUGGCGGUUUGUCACCUUACUAUAAUAAAUUGCCGUUACCACUUCCAAUAUCACAACAACAAACAAGCAAUAUAUACCACUACAGUUCUCCGCCAUCGGUGACAGUAUCUCCACAGCCGGCUUUGGUCACUACACCGACCUCUGCGCCAUCUAUGCCUCCAACUCGAUCGGCCGUAUUAGGGCCUCUAUCAGCAGUAUCGACCGAUUUGUCCAUACCGAAUACUACUUUGCUUACUAUUGAUACAUCCCAAAAUGAACGACCACCUACUCUUACAGUGACACCUCCCGCUUCUAAGUCAGCAAACAAAAUUGCUUUCAGCCGAGAUGUGACCGCCACAGCAGUAACCGUUAACAAUGUCAGUGUGGUGCCAAACGCUUGUAUGGAGCUUUAUAUCGCUUAACAGUUGUUAGACUUUGUUGUAAACCGUUUUUAUGCAUCCAUGUAUGGAGAUAUAAAAUUCAAAGAGAGCUGUGUGAGCUAUAUAUAUAAAAGAGAUUUUAUUAAUUAAAAUGCGUCUGCAAUUAUAAUCGAUGCAUUUUCUACACAAGAGAAAUAAUGUAUUUAUUAUUAUAUCAAUUAGGAAUUUAUCACUUCUUGCCAAUUUUAUCUAAAUUUAUAAGACAUAUUUAGUUUAUUUUUUCAACCGAAAGGAAACAUGUACAAAUAUCCAUGAGAAGAGAAAUACAAACACAAUUUAAUAUAAUUUCAUAAUUUAGUGUUUCCAGACAAUCACAACGUCUGUACGAGUAUAUUUGCCUGUACUUGUCCUAAUCACCACUAUUAAUUCCUAAUAUCAAAACUUGUAACUUUUUAACAAGCAUUUUUAUACAAUAAUUUUUAGAAUUUUUUGUGCUAAGCAGACUUAUAGUCAAUGAAUUUUAAUGCUAGUUUCAAGGAACCAGAAAUUUUUUAAAAAUUCUAAAAAUACUGUUUUAAAAGCUGAAAGUUUUGUUGAAAUUUUGAAAACUUUUGUACAAAACUUGAUAUGAACAAAUUUUCAUUAAAAUAUAAUAUAAUAUAUAGGCAAAUAUGUAUAUACAUUCCAAUCAUGAAGAUGCAGAACAAAGCAAUCGCAUUCAAAAUAAUCUCGAAUUUUAGCAGAAGUACAUAGAUCUAUUAAUUGUAACAAAUCUCCUGUCAAAAUAGUUACAAACUUAACGGAGAGAAUUAUGAGAAUUGCCAAAUACUGAACUUUAAUUAUCUUAAAUUAAUUGUUUUUAAAAUAUAAUCAGGCUUUAACCUUGGCUUAAAACAAACACAAUUAUGGACUUGACUUUUCUAUACGUCUACAUCUGACACGAAUGUGCUGUAGAAUACCCGAUAUAACAUACGGUAGUUUCAAUAAGAAAGUGUUUCGUUCAAGUACUUUAAAAUUUAAUGGUAUUCUUAAAAUGUUUAUGUGUUUUUUUUAUUUCAAGUUUAUUUACUUAAUGUGCCGCAAUUUGGUGCAGCUCCGGCCAUUCUUUGUAACAUCAUUACAAUGGGCUCACAUUCUUACUGUCAACAAAUUUGCAACAUUUUCAACAAUCAUGUACCUAAUACCAAAACAAGAAAGAGUUCUGUGUGCCUUCUUUGGAUGGUGAACGCUCCGACAACGUUUGAGUCCUUGAGCGCGCCAGGUGCUCAAUAAGUCAGUGAGCUAUUACAUGGUUAAGUAAAGUUCUUUCUUUGCACCAGAAAACUUAUAAGAUGAAAAGGUUUGGCAACCAAUUAUGUUCAGAAAUAACUUGAAUGCCUACUACAUAUUUUGUUUUGAGAAUCUCAUAGUUUUUAAGAACCAAAUCUGAAUACUUCAUUAUUGUUACUGCCGUACAUGCUCAACUACUAAUGUCAAAAAGAAAAACACAAAACAAAUAGAUAAACUAGUUAUAAGAACAACCAGUGUGCAAUACUAAAAUUUAAAAAGUAUGUACUUACUUCUACUUAAAUAUUUAUGCAGUUUCAUAGAAGCUUAACAUAAAUGGUUGAUGAGAGCAAAUUAAUGAGUUUUAAUAUUUCAAAUAUUGUCAAGUUUAUAGAAAGUCAGCCAGAAUAAAUAAUGAAUGAAACAAACUUUACCUAGUCAAUAGUAAACAUAUUUUAAUCCUUUAGUUUUAUUUAUGUAUAACUUAAAUAAUAUCAAAAGAUACAGGAAUAAUACGAAAUCGCCUUUGUUAGACUGCAGUGCAGUAGUAAAAUUUCUCAAAUGCAAUGAAAUCGGGUGGAACAUUUUAAAUGUGCCCUUAUAUUCAUUUAUUUCUAAGUACUUGUUAAAAAAUUAGUUGUUUGUAUAUGAAUAUUAGAAAAAUUUAAUUGUUAAAGCAAUUCGAGCAAUAAAACACAUGGAAAUUAUUAUUAACACUUA